AUGGAGAUCUGGGACAUUGUUGGUGAUGAGUGUGGCGGCCCACUCUACGAGUUGUUUGUUGCAAUGGCAAGCUCAAUAUGGACCUUUGACAAGUUAGCUCGGGCGUAUGACCCAGCAAUCGGCAUAUUCCAGGUUGGCCGGGGCACAGAGUUCUCAAUGGUGUACAUGGAGAACAUUGUUCGGUCGAAGGGUUUCGUGGCGAGCAAGGAGCUCGGGAAGCCAGUGCGACCAAAGGUCGGGUUGACGGUGGUGCUGGGCUUCCGGCUUGGAGGUACGGUGAUCCAGUGUAGGGUGUAUCUAGAUCAUGGGAAGAGGGAAGAAGACAUUAUAGAUUCGAUUUGA